AUGUCUAACAGCAACCGGCGGCUAGGCGGGCGGGGUAGCAACAAUGCUCUCUUCUUGAUGGCCCUUGCGAUCGGGUCCCUGGCGGACCUGGUGUGCGGCACGCAGUUCCAAGUUCAGCGUCCUGGUGAUGUCCGAUAUCAGGAGCCGGAACUGGAGAUGCCACGGCCUCGAAAGGAGCAUCCCCUGGCGCACAUGGGACGCCUGGCAUACGACAUGGACGCCGCCGCCGCCGACGACAACCCUCCGUCCAUCGCCGCGACGACGAGGACGAGGACGCCGCUGCUGGAAACGUUCCAGGUCGCCGAGCCGGUCCUCCUCCCGUCCGGCCCCGCCGCCGACGAGGCCGUCACGGUCACCCUCAUGGACCACCAGUUCGCCAACAGCUACGGCAACCCCUUCGUCGGGACCUACGCGCCGCCCCGGGGCCUCGACUUCGACCACGUCGUCGUCAACUUCACCGUCGAGGUCCGCGGCCGCCAGUUCGACCGCUGGGGCAGCGCCUACCUCGGCGACGUCAACUUCUUCUCCACCUCCACCGCCGAGCCCACGCCGCGCGGCAUCACCUGGACCUGGACCAAGGACGUCACCCCUUACCUCUCGCUCUGGAGGGAGCCGCAGACCCUGCUCUUCCAGCUCGACAACGUCGUCAACGACGUCUACACCGGCCUCCUGAACGCCACCCUCACGGCCACCUUCUUCAGGAGCCCCGUGCAGACGGGAGGCCAGCCGCCCGCCGACCUCAUCCUCCCCGUCUCGAGGGCGACGGCGGCGGUGGCGGCGCGACGAAAGGCCGGGAACCCCAACACCGCCGCCGCCGCCGCCGCCGUCGUCGUGGCCGCCUCUGCCGGCUACUGGACGUACCCCGAGGAAGACGCCACCGCACUCCUCCGCUUCCCCCGCAACGUGAACCGCGCCGUCUUCUCCUCUUCCGUCAAGGCGCAGGGCGAAGAGGAGUUCUGGUGGUCCAACGCGCCGCAGUCCGCCGCCGCCGCCUUCGAACCGGACGUCGGCACCUACCCGGGCUACUCCCCGUUCCGCGAGGUCCAGGUCCUCAUCGACGGCCGCCUGGCGGGGGUGCGCUGGCCGUUCCCCGUCGUCUACACCGGUGGCGUCGUGCCCCAGCUGCACCGGCCCGUCGUCGGCAUCGACGCCUUCGACCUGCGCGACCACGAGAUCGACAUCACGCCCUGGCUGCCGCUGCUGUGCGACGGCGCGGACCACACCAUCGGCCUCCGCGUCGUCGGGCUCGUCGACGACGGGGAGGCCAGCGCGAGGCUGUCGGACACGACGGAGAGCAGCUGGUAUCUCGUCGGCAAGGUGUUCCUCUGGCUCGACGACGACGAGGACAGCGUCACGACGGGCGUCGUAGGUGGGGACGACGACGACCACGACGACGACGACGACCCGAAGAUCGAGUUCUCGCAGACGCUCACGCGCAACGCGACGGGCUUCAACGAGUCGCUCGAGUACGCCGUCGCGGUGACGCGGCACUUCUCCAUCACCUCGCAAGUGACGACGCAGAAGGGGAGCGGCACGGCGUCCUGGAGCCAGCGCCUGUCGUACUCCAACGCCGGCGGCCUCUACGCCCACGGCCACGGCGCCGUCAACACCUUCUCGACGACCGGCGAGGAGACGUCCGGGAGCCCCGGCUGGGGGGGCUACAAGAGGACCUUCUCGUACCCGCUGCACUGCAACACCACGACGUUCCUCCUCCCGCAGGGCAACCUGACGCUCUGGGCCCGGCUCGACCAGGGCUUGAGGCUCCACGUCCAGGGUAACACCGUCUACCCGACGGGCCUCGAGGCGUUCCGGAGAGAGGGCGGGGCGGGAUGGGCCGGCAGCGUCGUCGCCACGGACAGGAACGGCACGGCGAACUACUCCCGGUACGCGGACAACUCGGUCACGUCGGGCGCGGGACGGACGCGCCAGGUUUUCCGGCUCCGCGGGCUCGACGGCGACGGCACGUACGAGACGCCGGGGACGGAGCUGUACUCGCGGGACGUCACCGCGUACAACAACACCGUCGUGGCCGACAAAGAGGUUAUCGCGGACAAGGUUGCCUGA